AUGACAGGAAGUAUUCACAACAGAGGAAGUCGCCUAAUCCAGUAUGAAGACAGCAGCAAUAAAGACUUCAUCAGGAAAUACCUAGUAGAAACAAGAAAUGAAUUUAUAGAAAAGCAAAUGAGGGCAUUGUAUGAAUGUAGAGAAAUAUACAAAGAUGAUAUAGACGAAGUGAUAAAUAUUUUGACCUACGCAUUAGAAAAUAAUGAUAGCGUCUUAUUGAGGCAUGAAGUAGCAUAUGUUAUAGGGCAAAUAAGUAAUGAGAAAUGCAAUGACAUUUUAAUCAAGCUGCUAAACGAUACGGAAGAAAAUUUAAUGGUUCGACAUGAAGCUGCUGAAGGGUUAGCUGCAAUAGGAAGUGAUUCAAAUAUUGAAGUUAUAAAAAAGUUUUUAAAUGAUGAAAAGGUAGAAGUUCGAGAGACAUGUGAAUUGGCUCUCAGUUCAUUGUUAGAAAAAAAUAAUAAUAAAGAUAACAUAAAAGAAGCAAUAAAAAAAAAACGAAAUGACGAAUUUGUUUCAAAGAAAUUCAACACAAUAGAUCCAGUUGUAUUUACAUCAAAUGAUAAUGCCAAAAGUGUUGAUGCACUUAUUGAAGACUUAAAUAAUGAAACGGUUCCGUUAAAAUUAAGAUAUGAGGCUUUAUUUAAAUUAAGAGAUAUGGAAACUGAUAUGUCCAUAAACGCUUUAGGAGAAGUAUUGAUAAAAGAUAAAAAAUCCGCAAUUUUUCGACAUGAAGUUGCUUUUGUGUUGGGCCAAGCAUUGCAUUUAAACUCUUUGAAAUAUUUAAUUUCUUCGCUGCAAAAUGUUGGGGAACAUGAAAUGGUUAGACAUGAGGUUGCCCUUGCCCUAGGUUCUCUCGGAAGUUUAAAUAUAAAUUCGCAAGAAUAUAAAAAUGUUCAAAGCGAAAUUAUAAGCACUUUGAAAACCUUUUCGAAGGAUGCCUGUAGAGUUGUAUCUGAGAGUUGCCUGGUUGGACUGGAUUACAUAGCCGAGAAUUUAAACAUGGCAAUAGAAAUAAAUUGA